AUGAUUGCCAAAUCUCGGGAAGAAAGAGAGCAUGUUGGGACUCUUAGGAAGCUGUUUGAAAGAUUAAGAAAGUUCCAGUUGAAGCUUAACCCGGCCAAAUGUACGUUUGCGGCUACCUCAGGAAAACUGCUAGGUUUCAUUGUUAGUGAAAGAGGUAUCGAGGUUGAUCCAGAUAAGAUAAAAGCUAUACAAGAAUUGCCUCCCCCGCGCACACAAAAAGAAGUCAGAGGAUUUUUAGGAAGGUUGAAUUACAUUGCUCGAUUCAUUGCCCAACUUACGAAUCAGUGUGAUCCAAUUUUUCGACUCCUUCGAAAGUAUAACCUGGGAGAAUGGAACGAGAAGUGCCAAGUGGCCUUCGAUAAAAUAAAAUGGUAUUUGUCUAAUCCUCCUGUGCUAGUACCACCGACCCUUGGAAAACCCUUAAUAUUGUACCUAACCGUGUUUGAGAACUCAAUGGGUUGUGUAUUGGGGCAACAUGAUGAGUCAGGGAGAAGAGAAAAAGCAAUUUACUACCUCAGCAAGAAGUUCACAGAAUAUGAGGCAAAGUACCCUUUAAUUGAGAAGUUUUGUUGGAGGAUGGCCCGAUGGCAGAUCCUAUUGACUGAGUAUGACAUUGUAUAUGUGAGCCAAAAGUCGAUAAAGGGAAGCGCAAUAGCUGACUUCUUGGCAAGCCGAACAAUGGAGGAAUACGAGCAUUUGAGAUUUGAGUUCCCAGAUGAAGAUUUGAUGUGCAUUUCAAAAAAAGAAGGCGAGUCAUCAAAAGAGAAGUCAUGGAAGAUGAGCUUUGAUGGUGCAUCAAACGCAUUGGGGCAUGGGAUCGGAGCAGUCUUAGUGUCGCCUGAAGGGAACCAUUACCCGCUUACUGCCAGAUUAAAUUUCUUCUGUACAAAUAAUAUAGCGGAAUAUGAAGCUUGCAUCAUGGGACUUCGUGUAGCUAUCGAGAGGAAAAUUAAAAUUUUAGAGGUACACGGGGACUCAGCAUUAGUCAUUUACCAAAUUCGUGGAGAUUGGGAAGUGAGAGAUUCGAAAUUAGUCAAAUAUCACGAUCUCGUUGUAGAGCUAAUCAAGGAAUUUUAUGAAGUGACUUUUAACUACUUUCCACGGGAAGAGAAUCAAUUGGCUGAUGCUCUGGCCACCUUGGCUUCGAUGUUCAAAGCAAACAGAGAAACAGAUAUAAUGCCCAUCCAAAUGAGUAUAUAUGAGACCCCUGCACACUGUUGUAGUAUUGAGGAGGAGUCAGAUGGACGACCAUGGUUCCAUGAUAUCUUGGAGUAUAUCAAGAAUCAAAGGUACCCCGAGCAAGCAAAUGAGAAUGACAAAAGAACAAUCAGGAGAAUAUCGAUUAGAUUUGUUCUUGAUGGGGAUAUUCUAUACAAAAGAGGAAAAGAUCAAGUGCUCUUGAGAUGCGUGGACGCUGUUGAAGCCAGAAAGAUACUUGAGGAGGUUCAUGAAGGAAUUUGUGGAACACAUGCCAGUGGUUUCACUAUGGCCAGGCAGAUUAUGAGACUUGGUUAUUAUUGGCUGACGAUGGAAAGCGAUUGCAUUGGCUACGCACGAAAGUGCCACAAAUGUCAAAUUUAUGGCGAUAAAAUUCAUGCAGCUCCAUCGCCCCUUCAUAUAAAACAUCAUAAUUCUUCGCCCUAUCGCCCGAAGAUGAACGGAGCAGUAGAAGCGGAUAAUAAGAACAUUAAGAAGAUUCUUGGGAAGAUGACUGAGACAUAUAAAGACUGGCACGAGAAGCUACCAUUCGCUUUGUACGCAUAUCGCACCUCUGUAUGGACUUCUACAGGGGCAACUCCUUUUUCUCUUGUAUACGGAAUGGAGGCCGUUCUGCCUAUCGAAGUAGAGAUCCCAUCCCUGCGCGUCUUGAUGGAGACAAAGUUAGAAGAAUCAGAGUGGGUUCGAGCUCGAUAUGAUCAGCUAAACCUUAUUGAAGGGAAACGCUUGAAGGCAAUUUGUCAUGUACAGAUGUACCAAAAGAGAAUGAUCACGGCCCAUGAUAAAAAGGUACGGCCAAGAGAAUUUCGUGAAGGAGAGCUCGUUUUAAGAAAGAUCCUCCCGAUACAAAAGGACUUUCGAGGAAAAUGGUCACCAAAUUGGGAAGGGCCAUACGUUGUAAAAAAUGCAUUCUCAAGAGGGGCUCUGAUUCUCACUGAGAUGGACGGGAAAGAAUUACCUAAUCCAGUGAACUCAGAUGCUGUGAAGAAAUAUUAUGCCUAA